AAUUAUUAAGAAUAAAUGGCUUUCGAUUAUAUUGUUCUAAAUUUAUAUAUUAAAGCCUAAAACGUUAUUUCUGUCAAUCCGGUUAGAAUAUGCUGCGCAUGUCGCAGUAUUUAAAUAAUGUAUUUUCAAUGUUUAGGAUUUAAUCGAGGCACGCCCUAUGUAUGAAUAAUGUGCAUUUAUGUUUCUAAUUCAAUCGUGGCACGUUUGCUGUAACAUUAGCAAAUGGGUUUGAGUUAGUUGUUGUGAAACAUAGAUCGCGAGUGGAAGUAGACUCGUUGAACCAACAUGCUUACCCCGAUAGAUCCUGUAAAGCUGCCAAUCUUUGGCAAUCUAUGGGUAACCAUGGCUACCUUGACGACCUAUCUUGUUUUUGUUCUGAAAGUGGGUCCGAAAAUCAUGGAGAAAAGAAAACCCUUUGAUCUGCGUGGCGUGAUAAAGGUCUAUAACAUUGCACAGAUCCUGUACAACGGUGUAAUAUUGGUCUUAGGAACUCACUUCCUCUUUGUCUUGAGGGCCUACACAUUGAGGUGCGUUGUCAAUCUGCCGCUGGAGCACGAGCACAAGGAUAGGGAGCGCCUGAUCUGCAUCCUGUACACGUUUAACAAAUUCGCGGACCUGCUGGAAACGGUGUUCUUCGUACUGCGCAAGAAGCACAGGCAGAUAUCCUUUCUGCACGUCUUCCACCACUUUUCCAUGGCAUUCAGCGGAUACCUGCACUAUAUCUUCAUUGGCUAUGGGGGCAUCGCAUUUCCGCUGUGCCUCCUCAACGUGGCGGUGCACGUUGUGAUGUACACCUACUAUUACCUAUCAUCGGUCAGCCAGGAAGUGCAGAAGAGUCUCUGGUGGAAGAAGUACAUCACCAUUGUCCAGCUGGUCCAGUUUGCGAUCAUCAUGCUGCACUGCCUCUUCACCCUGAUGCAGCCCAACUGCAAUGUCUCGCGGCCGGUGACUUCUGGUAUCGCCCUUCUGGCUGCCUCAUUUACGGCAAUGUUCGGAAACUUCUAUUUUCACAACUACAUUAGGUCCGGAAAAAGGAAAUCAGAACAAGCAGUCCAGUGAGUCCAAAACAUAAGAAAUAAGUUUCGUCUAAGCAAACCCCCUAAGAAGUAAUGAAGUUCAUCAUCAAACCGGUGAAGACAUUUGCUGGUAAAGUUUUCAGAUUAAUAAAA